AUGCUGAGCAGAAGUGGCACCGUACGUUCAUGGUGCACUGUGUCGCGCGGGUUGGCCAAAAUUGUGGCGGCAAUGGCCGGUGGCACCGAAGGCAACACCAUCACUCCCACGAGCGAUAGCUCCAAUGGCGGCAGCAGGACACCCACGCGUGUCACUAGACGAGGACCCAACCCGUCGCCGCCUAAGACGUUGUCGAAAGAUGUGGCUGCUCAUCUGCGUGACGGCAAGGACGCUCUUAAUCGGAAGCAAAAUGUCGUAUAUCGCCCCGUUCCUUCUACGCGCGUCAGCAGAGCUGCUGGGUUUGCGUCGUUAUUUGUGCAGCUUGGCUGGGAUCAUGUCGUCGGCUUCAACGAAGGAGGCAUGUUGGCAAGUCACAGCCACCAACGCAUUGUGGACACGCUGUGUAGGAUGCGUGGUGCCGUAUUGAAGCUUGGGCAGAUGCUUAGCAUCCAGGACGCCGCUACUGUUUCACCACAUGUGGUGCAGAUAUUUGAGAAGGUGCGUGAUAGUGCCUACGCCAUGCCACAAGCGCAACUAAAUCGUACAUUGGCAAAGGAAUACGGAAAUGCUAAUUGGAGAAAGGAUUGCUUUGUGGAGUUUGACGAUGAUCCCAUUGCCGCAGCCAGUAUUGGACAGGUACACCGUGCCACUGUAAAAGGAGACGGCGGCGUAACGACUGAGCCGGUCGCUGUCAAGGUGCAAUACCCUGGCGUUGCAGCCAGUAUUGACUCCGAUAUUGCAAAUCUGAAGACGCUUAUUUCUCUGAAGUUACUUCCUCCAGGAAUGUUUAUGGACAACAUUUUGCAAGAGCUUCGUCAGGAACUCGCUCUGGAGUGUCGAUACACAAUAGAGGCCUCAAAGCAGACGCGGUAUGCUGCUCUAAUCCAGCAAGUUCCAGAACUACGGGAGGUGUUUGUCGUUCCAAAAGUCUACGAGUCUCUCUCGACUGACAAGGUGUUGGUGACGCAACUCGUUUCUGGUGUUCCUAUUGACCGAUUGGCGACCAUUACAGGUAGUCAAGAUCUCAAAAAUUACGUGGCACAACGUAUAUUUUUGCUGACGCUUUCUGAGCUUUUUCACUGGCGUUUUAUGCAGACGGACCCGAAUUACUCUAAUUUUUUGUUUGAUGCAGAGACAAACCGAAUCAAUCUUCUCGACUUCGGUGCAGCUCGUGAGUACAGCGCUGAGUUUGUGCGGGACUACCUGGACGUUGUUGCGGCCGCCGCUGAGCAGGACCGUGACACCAUCAUUGCAAAAAGCAUCAAGCUAGGUUUUCUUACCGGGAAUGAGAUGAAGCUCAUGUUGGACGCACAUGUCUCAAGCGUGGUGUUGUUGGGCAAACCGUUUCGUCAUCGGGACAAGCCGUUUGACUUUGCGGCAGAAAAUCUUCCUUCACUGAUUCAGGAGCACGUACCAACCAUGAUUAAGCUGCGGCUACGCCCACCCCCAACGCCGGUAUAUUCGCUGCACCGACGGCUCAGUGGGACGAUAUUGCUGGCCACGAAGCUGAAGGCUACUGUCAACACGGGAGAACUGUUUUGUAAUAUUUAUGACAGCUAUAGGACAUAA